AUGCCCUCAGUCGACAACAACAAAAAGCCUGUUACAUUAACACGCAUCUAUGGCACCUUGACAACCAUUCAGUCCGCCUCUGCACUUGCCUUUUCUACAUUUGUUUUGAUGCAUGGCGCGCAAGUCAUAUCAGCUAAUGUUGGUGGUGCGCAAUUAGCAAAUCGUACAUUACUUUUAACAAGACCAAUAUAUCAAGAUAAAGGCAUAGAAACCACGCUUGUUGUUGGUUCAGCACUUGUCCAUGUCGCCUCUGGACUGGCAAAGUUUAGUAUCAGACUUUAUUGGAAACAAUUAGGCCACAACACAGCACAUCCUGCGCUACUGCCUUAUCAUCGACUCGUUGGUCACCUUCAAAUCCCAGUCGUCAUCCUUCAUUACUAUUUGACACGUCUGUUGCCUAUAGAAAGAUAUGGUGAUUCUUCAUUUAUUGAUUUUGGAUAUAUCGCUUGGGGUCUUCAGAAUAGACCCGUAUUCACCUAUGGACUACACAUCACAUUGAUCCUUGGUAGUAUGUAUCAUGCAGUCAGUGGUGUCAAUUUUGUCUUUGAAAAAUUAUUUGGCAAGAAGAAAGUGGUCGUUGACAAGACUAGCAAAGUAUCUCAACAUAGUAAAUCAGUAGAGCAACAAAGUAUCAAUAACAGAAUCAAUCGUCAACGUCUGUUGAAGAAGGGCGCCUUUGCUGCACUUAGCUUAGGUCUAGUCUCUGGAUUAGUGAUCAUUAGUAGAGACACGACCAAGAUCCCAUUAAGGUUUGAUUUUGAAAGCAUGUAUUCAAAAAUCAUUGGCGUUUAA